AUGCCAGCAGCAGCUGUCCCAAACCCACAUUAUACCGCCGCAAGGUCUUAUGUAUCCCCGUACCCCUCAUUCCGGCCCUCCGAUAAGCUUCGGCGCUCACCCGUCGUGUACAAUUCGAACUCGCCCUCCCAAACGGCUGCAUCAACCCCAAUUCAGAAUGGCCUUCCGAGCGUGUACUAA